GGCCCGCCGCAACCCGGACAGCCUUUCAAAUUCACAGUCGGCGAGUCAUGCGACAGGAUUAAAGAAGAAUUCAACUUCCUCCAAGCACAAUACCACAAUUUGAAAUUGGAAUGCGAGAAGUUGGCCAGCGAGAAGAUAGAAAUCCAAAGGCAUUACGUAAUGUAUUACGAAAUGUCCUAUGGAUUAAACGUGGAAAUGCACAAACAGACUGAGAUUGCGAAGAGACUGAAUGCUAUAAUCGCACAAAUCCUUCCUUUCCUCUCGCAGGACCAUCAGCAGCAGGUUGCGAGCGCCGUGGAGAGGGCGAAACAAGUUACCAUGACAGAACUGAAUGCCAUAAUUGGGCAACAAAGGCCCGACCUGCCCAGAUUGCUGCAGCAGAUGCAUGCCCAGCAAUUACCCGCCCACGCGGCGCCACCCCUGCCGAUGAUGCCACAUCCUGGUUUGGCGGGAGCACCGCCUAGUUCUGCAGCCAGUUUGCUCGGAUUAUCCGGGGCUUUGGCGGCUCCAGGACAACAUCCUUUAUCCAUGUUGGCGAAGCCGGAGCUUCAUCGCCCAGACGACGUGAAAUCGAACAGCGGUAUCAACUCUGCCGAAGAGCGUCACAGGAACUCCAUAUCACCAGCUGAGCGAGAGAAGUACAGACCGAGAACGCCACAGGAGCCGGAUCACAAGAAGGUGAAGAAAGAAGAAAAAGAUCUUGGCCACCACAGCGAUGGCGAGAAGAGCGAUCAGGAUUUGGUGGUUGAUGACGCCUCAGAAGAUCCAGUCUCACCACCCAACGGAACUGCAUCUCCUCGCGAGAAUGGUAUCGAUAAGAUGUCGAAAAAGGAACAUCCAGGACCCCACAGCCCCAGAUCUGGAACAUCCAGCAAUGCUUCAACGCCAUCCGCGAAGAAAUUAGAUGCGGAUAAACCUUCAACACCCAUCUCUAAACCAGUAACGCCGACGUCAGCUGCGGGAGCAGCUCCUGGAGGUAGCGGAUUGAAGCCAGUGGUAAAACCGCCUCCACUCGGACAAUACCCAUACCUAGCGGGAAUGUCAAAUGGCGGUGGUCCGCAUGAUUUGCAAGCUGCCGCAGCAGCCGCUGGGGCCUAUGGGGUGAUGCACAAUAAUCUUCCUCCGACGUUGAACAAUUAUCCUAGGCCACCACUUCAAGUGGGUUACGAUUCACAUUCACAGAUGAGGGCACCCGUCGUGCCCGGCAUUGGGAUUCCUGGAGGGAAGCCAGCUUAUUCUUUUCACGUGAGCGCCGAUGGACAGAUGCAGCCAGUGCCCUUUCCGCCGGACGCAUUGAUUGGUCCGGGUAUACCAAGACAUGCGAGACAAAUAAAUACCUUAAGCCAUGGUGAAGUAGUCUGCGCCGUGACUAUUUCGAAUCCGACUAAAUACGUGUACACGGGUGGCAAAGGAUGUGUUAAAGUUUGGGACAUCAGUCAACCUGGAUCAAAGAGUCCAGUCUCUCAAUUGGAUUGCUUGCAACGAGAUAAUUAUAUCAGAUCUGUAAAGCUAUUGCCGGACGGAAGAACGCUGAUUGUGGGCGGCGAAGCGAGUAAUCUAUCAAUUUGGGACUUGGCAAGUCCGACGCCACGGAUUAAGGCCGAAUUGACGUCAAGUGCACCGGCGUGUUAUGCAUUAGCAAUUAGUCCGGACUCUAAGGUGUGCUUCAGCUGCUGUUCCGACGGAAACAUCGCAGUCUGGGACCUGCACAACCAAACACUAGUGCGACAAUUCCAAGGCCAUACGGAUGGUGCCUCCUGCAUUGACAUUUCCGCAGACGGCACGAAACUGUGGACGGGUGGAUUGGACAAUACAGUGAGGAGUUGGGAUCUGCGAGAAGGAAGGCAGCUCCAGCAGCACGACUUCAACUCGCAAAUAUUCUCACUGGGAUACUGUCCAACCGGGGAAUGGUUGGCCGUUGGAAUGGAGAACUCUAACGUUGAGGUUCUUCACGCCUCGAAGCCGGACAAAUACCAAUUGCACUUGCACGAGAGCUGUGUUCUUAGUCUAAGGUUUGCCGCAUGCGGCAAGUGGUUCGUUUCAACGGGCAAAGAUAAUUUGCUGAACGCCUGGAGGACACCGUACGGUGCUAGCAUAUUCCAGUCGAAGGAAUCAUCCAGUGUCCUCAGCUGCGAUAUCUCGGCGGAUGACAAAUAUAUCGUGACAGGAUCCGGUGAUAAGAAAGCCACUGUCUACGAAGUAAUUUAUUAGACGCGUACAGGACUCAAAAGUGCAAGUUAAUACUCAAAUAUUAGAGCAAAAGUGAUUCAUAUGUAGAUGAAUUAAAGGAACGAACAGAAGGAAAAAGAAGAAAAGAAAAAUAAGUAAAAUUGGACAAUUCUUUAGUUUUAUUGAUUAUAUAAAGAAAUGUGAUAAUUAUUUAUAAUAAACAUUUUGUGCUUAUAAAACUGUCACAUGAGAGAAACAGAGGAAGAAUUGAUUGGUUCGGAGGUGAAGAAAUCAAGUUCUAGGUGAUCUGAGGUAAAUAGUGCGUAAGGUUCAGUUCAUGAUCUCCAUGACAACAGCGAUUAUGUACGUCUUUAUUUUUCUCCUGAUUUGCUUAUUUAAAAUAUAACUAAUGUAAAUAUUUUAAAUUAAAUUUCAUUAUUACAAGCUCAACAUAUACAAUAUAUAUAUUGACACAAACUUAUAUAUAUAUAUUUAUAGUUUACGCUGCUGACAAAAUACUUAAGUAUGCCCGCAUUGUUUUUUAUUAUUGGAUUCUAUACUAGAAAAUGGUGUAAAUAUAUUUACGAAAAAUGAAGAUGUUCCGAAAAUUGGACUAUCAGGACACAGUGCACCGUAUUUCUCUUCUAUAUACAAUUAUAAUAUUUUUUUUUGUAUUUCAUUAAUUUCAUUUGUUAUUUAAUAUUUAGCAGGCUAGAUUUUUCUUUCGUUUUUUUUUGUAAUUCAACAAAGAUUUAGCAAAAUGGCAAAAAAAACUAGGCUCUUUCAUAACUUCCUUGCGAAGCCACACGAACAUAUUGUAGAUACAGAUUAUAUUUUUAAUGAGCUCAAGUUAUGAAAUAAACACGUUGUUUUUUUGGCACUUUUGCUAAACAUGGACUAUAAGUAAACAAAUGUAUAUUGUCUUAUAUAUUUGUAAUUAUAUAUAUAUAUAUAAAUGGAAAAAAGCAAAUACUAUAAAUAUGAUGAAAAAAAAGUAUAUAUAUAUCUAGUACGAAGAAUUUAAAAAGCAUCUGAAUGUUGCCUACACAAAUUUGCUCCAAUUUUG